AUGCUCGUCUCGGAGAGGGCGCAGCCGGUGCGGCUCUUUAACUGUUUACUUCUACGCGCUCACAAAGACGACGAAUCCGACGGUGCGGCGUGCGCCCUUCACAAGAACGCCGCCUCUACCUCACCAACCACCGACCCCAUCGCCGCCGCAACAGCAGUCGGUGCGACGCGUCUGUACUUCACUGAAGGCGGGCCGUCAUCCAGCCUGACGGCGCUGCAGCGCUACCUCAAAGUUGAAGAGGCGCACACCACAUGCCCGCUGCUGCGCGUGUUGCAACUAGCGCCGCAGGCGCCAACAGGCAACAUGCAGCCGCUCGUGUACGUUGAGCUGGAUACACCGAAUGCCGUAUCGCUAUCCGACGACGCGCAGGGGCGCCGUGAGGCCGUCCUGACGACCUGCUCCGGGGUCUGCACGCAGGAGACGAUGCCGUCGCGGUGGUAUCAUGCGCCUGUCAAGGCCACCCUGUGCGUCUUCCAGGAGUUCAUGCGUGCACCCACUACGUCCGCGGCCAGCGAGCCGGCCUUCUGGGCGUUUCUCGAAAGCGUUGUGCGAUACCACGCGCGUGACUUCUACUGUGGCGCUGUCCAAGUGGAGCUGCAGUGCGUUUUCGUGCCAACGUUUGAGGAGAAGCAGAACACGGCGUACAGCGUCGACGUCUUCGGUGACUACGUCAAUGAGAAGGAGGGGCAGGCGCAGCAAAGCAGCCCCGCAGCUGGUAAGGGCAGGACAGCAAUGAAGAUUUGCGUGAAGAGCACUGAGGCCUUCGAGCACGUCAUGGCGUAUCUGAAGACACAGUGCCCGCUUCUCGAGGCCGACUUCCGGUCGUCCCACUUGGUGGUGUACGCCAAGUGGUCGUCGCAGUUGUCCGCUGUACGCGACUCCAGCCAUUCGCAGCCACCAGCUGCAGACGCCACCGGCGCAGUAGAACAGGCUGCAUGCUUCGUGUGGCUGCAAGAUGACGCGGGAGGCGGGGGGCGGGACGGUGUCUACGCGGAUGCCGCGCUUGAGGCCCUCCUCGACGAGCUCACCCUCGCCGCCGCGUCGAUCAGCACGCCAUCGAGGGCGGCCGCUGUUCUGCAGGAGGAAGGCGUCAGCUCCUUCUUUGAGGCGUGCUGCCUCACACACACGCUGAAGAGAGUGAUCCGCAAACACUUUCAGGCAGUUGUGCUGCGGCAGCGGCCGCUGUUCCACUGGGUUAUCUCGCUACCCCCGUACGCCCGGCUGAGUAGGUCCACCACAAGUGCUGCCGUCACUGCGAUGCGUUUCAGAGACAACGCUGCGGUGUCGCGGGCGGUGUGGGGCGCCACCCAGAUGCUCGUUCACUGGCAGCAGCUGUCCAACUCCGCGCACGCGCUAGCAAAUGAGGCGCUAAAGCAGAGUUUUGGCCGAGGGAGCGGGCCGUCUCGGCAGAUCGUGUCUGCCCCGGCGCGGGUUCCGCGCCAGCGCCGCGCCAUCCAGCAAAGCGCCCUCUAUGGCGACACCUUCUCCGGUGGCUCUGCCCUUGACCGCCAGCGCGGCAAGGUCAACGUCCCUCACCUGUACGGCGCUGACGAGGGGCACGACGCAUCCAUCAGCCUCAGCUCCGCUCAGCGGGGGUCGGUCAUGGCGGCAUCUGGGUUAUUCCACAACCUGCGGAGUAUCAAGGAAGACUCCUUUAACAACACAUCGGUGCUGGAUGCUGAGGAUGUGUUUGGUAGCAAUCCUAAGCUCACAACACGCGUUGUCAAGCGACUCGCCCAGAGCCGGACGAGUGUCCACACGGCCCAGUGA